ACUCAGAUUUAUGCAUUACUUAACGGGACCGUCACAAACCGUCACGGCCCAUCUCCCCCAAACCUUUCACGGCACUCUGGUUCCGUUAAACCUCCUUGUCUCAGGCUCAGCGUCAAGUCUCAGAUCAGACGACGUCCCGUCCCUAACGUCGUCGUUCCGUCCUAACCCUAACGUCCUCUCUCUCUCUAACUCCCCUAAUGGCUUCCUGUGACGACGAUUUCUCUCUCCUCGGUGACGAUUCCUCCUCCAACCACAACCACAACCACAACCACCACCUCGACCAGACCUACACUCCGGCGCCACCUCUCCACCGAUUCGCGUCCGGACGGGCGGCGAAUGUCCACGCGCCUCCGCCGCCAAAUCAGCCGAUCCUCAACGCCGCGGCGUCGAGCCCGGAGAAGGUUGGCCCCGGAGAGGAUCAGGGAGACGGUGAGGACUACGGAGAGGCGGCGGCGGCGGCGGCUUUCUGUUCGAAUCCGUUCGAUAAUGAUGGAGAUCAGAACGGCGUUGUAGAUGCGCGGAGCGAGAAGAGGAAGGACCAUCGCGAAGAUCUCAGCGAUGGAGGAGGAGGUAGAUCUGGAUCUCCGUACGGUAGUUACAAGAAAUCGAAGCCGUCGUCGGGUUCCGGCGGAGGAGAGUACAGGAAGGAUCGGGAGGAAUGGAGCGACGCGGCGAUCUCGUGCCUACUCGACGCGUACACGGAGAAGUUCACGCAGCUGAAUCGGGGGAAUCUGAGGGGGAGGGAUUGGGAGGAGGUGGCGGCGGUCGUGAGCGAGCGGUGCGAGAGGCAGACGAAGAGCGUGGAGCAGUGCAAGAACAAAGUCGAUAAUUUGAAGAAGCGGUACAAGUUGGAGAGGCAUCGGAUGAACAAUGGCGGCAUAUCGGCCAGCCAUUGGCCUUGGUUCAAGAAGAUGGAGCAGAUUGUUGGCAAUUCCUUGCCGAUAAAGGUCGCUUCCGACGAGGACAAAGGCGCCGGGUCCUCGGGGAAUACGCCCCGGCAAUCGAAGAGAUAUGCAACGACAACAGCCAGUUCUGCGGGUCAGAUGAAUAACAUGAAGCCCAAGUCAAUAACAGCUCCUAAAUGGCGAAGAGUAGUCUUUAAAAUUAGUGGAGCUGCUCUUUCUGGUGCCGCCCCAAAUAAUAUUGACUCAAAGGUGGUCAUGCUCAUUGCUCGAGAAGUUGCAAUUGCGAGCCGCGUUGGCAUGGAGGUGGCUAUUGUAGUUGGUGGUCGUAACUUCUUUUGUGGAGACACAUGGGUAAAUUCAACAGGUUUAGAUAGAACAACAGCAUAUCAAAUUGGUAUGAUGGCUACUGUGAUGAACUCCGUUUUACUCCAGUCAGCAAUAGAAAAGAUGGGAGUUCAGACUCGUGUCCAAACCGCAUUUUCAAUGCACGAGGUUGCUGAACCAUACAGCAGGCAACGGGCCAUUAGACAUCUUGAAAAAGGGAGGGUUGUGAUAUUUGCUGGCAUCGGUGCUGGCACCGGGAAUCCACUCUUUUCCACUGACACAGCUGCAGCUCUUCGAGCUUUGGAGAUUCAUGCCGAGGCAGUUGUCAAGGGCACAAAUGUUGACGGUGUGUAUGACUGUACCUCUCAAGACAGCAAUUUUACAUUUGAGCACAUCUCUUUCAGGGACUUGGCUGCCAGAGGUGCUACUUUGAUGGAUUCUAUGGCACUGACGUUCUGUGAAGAAAACAGGAUUCCUGUCGUUGUGUUCAAUCUUCUAGAGCCUGGAAACAUCUCGAAAGCAUUAUGCGGAGAACAAGUUGGUACACUAAUUGAUCUUACUGGGAGGAUUAACUAAUAAAACAUUCAUGGGGGCUCUCUACUUAUGUCUUAUUUGUUGUUGUAACCUCGGUUGUUUUAUUAACUAGCUCCAGAUCCUUGAUGUAUAAUUUCCUGCCUGUUGUGUACAUAAUAAAGGUAGAGUUAGGGUCCUAACAUGCCCAUUGCUAAUUAUUGGUCAUUCCACCGGUUAGUUGCUGUGUCUAAAAUUCUGUAUCUUAGCAUGGUGGCUAUUUUUCUUUUUAGCUUGUAAAUGCCCGUAAUCUUAAUUGGAAGAGAAAUAACAGAUCAGUGGACAAUAUUUGGUUGAAUUGUUUCAACUAUCUUAAUUGGAAGAGAAAUAACAGAUCAGUGGACAAUAUU